AUGCUGGUGAAUUGCAUUUUGAGGUGUGGGCUGCUGUUAGUCACUCUGUCUCUUGCCAUUGCCAGGCACAGGCAAUCUUCCUUCAGCAAAAGUUGUUACCCAAGGGGGACACUGUCCCAAGCUGUUGACGCUCUCCAUACCAAAGCGGCAUGGCUCAAAGCAACGAUUCCAGAAGACCGCAUUAAAAAUAUACGAUUAUUAAAAAAGAACACAGAAAAGCAAUUUAUGAAAAACUGCCAAUUUCAAGAACAGCUUCUGUCCUUCUUCAUGGAAGAUGUUUUUGGUCAACUCCAGUUGCAAGGUUGCAAGAAGAUUCAAUUUGUGGAAGACUUUCAUAGCCUUAGGCAGAGAUUGAGCCACUGUAUUUCCUGUGCUUCAUCAGCUAGAGAGAUGAAAUCCAUUACCAGGAUAAAAAGAAUAUAUUAUGGGAUUGGAGAAAAAGGAAUCUACAAAGCCAUCAGUGAACUGGAUAUUCUUCUUUCCUGGAUUAAAAAAUUCUUGGAAAGCCAACAUGCUAGAAUUUCUUGGUGUGCAAGAGGUACCUACCAGAUCACAGCAAAUAAGAUACACAAAGUACCUAACUGCUUGGAAUGAUUUACCAGGAAUGCCUUUGACAGGAAACCCAAGCCACGAAGACCACAAGUAACCAAGAUCAAAUGAUGCCGAAUCUUGAUAACAGGGCGCUGUGCAAUUAGAAAAGUUCAUAGAAGCCAAAUAAAAGUCUAAA